UUGAUGUAACUCGCGGAAGUCGGUGGCGUUGUAGGCUUUGCAUCAGUCUGCUGCUUGGCAACGACGUAAAGAGAGUGGAUUUAAAUCAGGACUAACACAGUUUGCAGAGUAACAUAUUGUGUUUUAUUUCAGUAUAUAUAUUACAGCUUUGCUGACAUGAUUGAUGCCGCGUUGAGCUCCUCUGGAGCGCAGGUUGUUUUAGCUACAUCCAGUGAUGAGAAUUAUCCACCAGAAAAUAUAAUUGAUGGGCGCACGGAAACAUUUUGGAUUUCGACAGGGAUGUUUCCACAGGAGUUUAUAAUCCGGUUUUCUAACCUUGUAAAAGUUAGCGUGGUUACUAUCCAGUGUUAUAAUGUGCAGAAUCUCAGUAUUGAGAAAAGUGUUUCUACAGAUGCGGCAGACUUUGAGAAAGUUAUAGAAAAAGAUUUUGAACACACAGAGGGACAACUUCAGUCAGAAGAUUUUUCAUUCAACGGUACAAGAGCAACACAUCUGAGAUUCGUUGUGAAGUCUGGAUUUGACCAUUUUGUUUCAGUGCACAGGGUGAUGGUAGAAGGAACAAUUGAAAAUCACAUGUGAGCCUAAUCAUUUACAGUGCUUAGAGCUUUAAAAUUAUUUUCCCAUUGUUUGAUAUGCAAAAACCUUUAAUGCAGAAGUUCUUAGAGGUACCAAUACUACCUGGAACUUCUGACUGCUACUACUUACUAGUACAAUUAUGUAAACACAUUUUAACAGAAUAUAUAUAUAUAGUAAAUAAACUUGCAUUUUAUUGUAAUUGGAUAAUAGACUGAAAGACAAAUAUUUUAACUAGUGUAUACUGUAGGUGUGGAAGUGUUAUUGAGAUGUCAUUUUUUUGAUCAUGGUGAAUUAUGUAUUUUGAUAUGAAUAAAUUGUAAAUAUUU